UCCAUUUGAUUCGGCCGGCGACGAGCGGAAAGAGGAGCCCUGCGCCGGCGAUGGCGGGGACGAUCUCCCGCAUCCGCCUGGAGAACUUCAUGUGCCACUCCAGCCUCCAGAUCGAGCUCGACCAGCACGUCAACUUCAUCACCGGCCAGAACGGCAGUGGGAAGAGCGCCAUCCUGACGGCGCUGUGCAUCGCAUUCGGUUGCCGCGCCAAGAACACCCAGCGCGCCGCCGCCCUCAAGGACUUCAUCAAGACCGGCUGCAGUUAUGCAGCAAUUAUUGUUGAUAUCAAUAACCAAAGGGAAGAUGCAUUCAAGCCUGAAUUAUAUGGAGAUCUAAUUACAUUGGAACGCAGGAUUACUGAGUCAAGUAGUUCUACGGUUUUAAAAGAUCAACAUGGAAGGAAGGUGGCACAUCGUAAAGACGAUCUCAACGAGAUAAUUGAACAUUUCAAUAUUGACGUUGAAAAUCCUUGUGUAAUUAUGAGCCAGGACAAAAGUAGAGAAUUCUUACAUUCAGGGAAUGACAAGGACAAGUUUAAGUUCUUUUUCAAAGCUACUCUUCUUCAACAAGUAAAUGAUUUGCUUCUGACAAUAAGAGAACUGCUGGAAAAUGCGGACUCUAUUGUGCAAGAGUUGGAGAAGUCAAUUAGGUCAGCAAUGAGGGAGCUUGAUGAAUUACAAGAGAAGAUAAAGAAUAUGGAACAUAUAGAGGAGAUAGCACAUGAGAUUGACAACUUGAAGAAAAAGUUGGCUUGGUCCUGGGUUCAUGAUGCUGGCAAACAAAUUGAAGAACAAACAGUGAAACUUCUGAAACUGAAAGAACGGAUUCCUGCUUGCCAAGAAAGAAUUGAUCGAAAUGCAGCUGUAAUAGUUGAACUGAAGAAAGAACUAAUUGAGAAGGAAGAGACUGCCAGAUCUUUGGUGGAGAAGACUCGUGAAGUAACCAUGAUGAAGGAAAAACUGGAGAGUGACAUUGCUCAGGCUGUUACACUGAAGAUUGAAAUAGAGGGAGAGCAUGCACGUGGUAUAAAUGUGCUAAAGAAUAUGAACAAUCGUGUGAAACAACUCCAGACGCAAAUUCAUGAUUUUCAGGACCAGUAUGUACAACACACACAGGAUGAAUCAUCUAAAGUUGAGAAUGACAUGUUGGAAAUACAGCAGGCUAUAAAUGAUCUUCAUUCAAAUAUUACAAGGUUAAAGGAGGAAGAAAAAGAAUUGUCUGGAAGACAACUAAGAGUUGCCAAAUCCAUUCAAAAUAUGAAAACAGAGAUAGAUGAAAGCAGAAAGAAGAUUGAUCAACUUAAAUUUCACAUUAAUGAUCUUCAACAACGUCAAUCUAACAAGGCAUCAACAUUUGGGGGACAGAGAGCUAUCCACCUCUUGGAGUCAAUAGACAAACACCAGAGAAGAUUCAAAAUCCCACCUCUUGGUCCAAUAGGUGUUCAUGUGCAACUGGCUAGCGAAUCCUGGUCCUUUGCAGUUGAGUGUGCAUUAGGGAAGCUACUGGAUGCUUUUAUUGUCUCAUGUCAUGCAGAUUCAGUAAUUUUGCGGGAAUGUGCGAAACAAGUGAACUACCGUAACCUUCAAAUUAUUAUAUAUGAUUUUUCUAAGCCAAGACUGAACAUUCCAGAUCAUUUACUUCCUUCAACAACGCAUCCGACAGUAUUGUCAGUUAUUUGCUCAGAAAAUCCUACUGUGCUAAAUGUUUUGGUAGAUCAGGGUGGUGCUGAAAGAACCGUCCUUGUUCGAGACUAUGAAGUGGGCAAAUCUGUUGCAUUUGAUCAUAGAAUACAAAAUUUGAAGGACGUGUACACUUCUGAUGGGUACAGAAUGUUUUCGAGAGGUUCUGUUCAGACCGUUCUUCCACCAUACAGAAGGGGAAAUGCAGGCCGUUUGUGUAGCUCAUUGGGAGAAAAAAUAGCUGAAAUGGAAUCAGAAAUUGCUGACAUAAAGAGAACAAUCCCAGGAAGAAAUCAGGAUUUAGAGAAAGCAAAUGAUAAACGAGAAGUUAUUGAAUUGGAAAUAAAGCGUUCGAAGAGAAAGCGAGUGGAAAAGGAGCGCCUUCUCGAGAGCAAAAAAUUGCAACUGGAUGACAUCAGGAAGACUUCAGCUAACAUUAAUCAUGGACAUGGUACAUCAGUGGAUACCAGUGAACUAGAGGCAGAAAUGAUGCAAGUGCAAGUCGAUAUUGAGCAGAAAGAAUUAUUACUGAAGAAAACCAAUUUAAGGUUGGCAGAAGCUUUAAAGGAUGAGAAUAAUCGAAGAGCCUGUUACAAGGAAUUUAUUGAAUCUGUGUAUAAUGAGGUGGGGCCUACUAAUGGUCUAGAGCAUGAUAUAGAACUUGCUAAGGAAAAAAUACAAGCAGCUGAGCAGGACAAGGCUUACUAUGAGCGUAUAAUGGAAACAAAAGUUUUACAUGAUAUUAAAAUGGCUGAAGCAGAGUAUGAAGAUCUUCAGAAUCUUCGGCAGGAAAAUUUCAGGAAGGCAUCAAUUAUAUGCUCUGAGAGUGAAGUGGAAGCUCUGGGUGGUGUUGUUGGAUCCUCACCAGAACAACUUAGUGCUAAGAUAAAUAAAUUGAAACUAAGAUAUCAUCAAGAAAGUAGCAGGUUUACUGAGUCUAUUGAUGACCUGAGGGCACUACAUGAGAAGAAGAAACAGAAAAUCGAAAGGAAACAACAAUUAUAUGCAGGUUUUAGGGAUAAAUUGCAUUCAUGUCAAAAAGCUCUGGACAUGCGAUGGAAUAAAUUCCAGAGAAAUGCUGUUUAUUUGAAGAGACAAUUGACAUGGUUGUUCAACGAGCACCUAGGGAAGAAAGGAAUAAGUGGGAUUAUCAACGUUGAUUAUACAAAGAGACUUCUGACGGUUGAGCUGACGAUGCCUCAAGAUGCUUCUCGUGACUCCAUUAGAGACACCAGAGGACUUUCAGGUGGAGAGCGAUCUUUUUCGACACUGUGUUUUACCUUAGCGCUUCACGGAAUGACAGAGGCUCCUUUUAGAGCCAUGGAUGAGUUUGAUGUAUUCAUGGAUGCAGUAAGCCGCAAGAUAAGCCUAGACACGCUUGUAGAAUUUGCCGUCGCACAAGGUUCACAGUGGAUAUUUAUAACACCACACGAUAUCAGCAUGGUGCAACCUGGAGAUAGGGUUAAGAAGCAGCAAAUGGCCGCCCCUCGCGGUUGACUUGAGUGCCUUGUAUAUAUCGUAUCCUUUUGGUCCACCCGCGCCUGAUUUUCUUUUGGAGAUGGAGAUGCUGGCUUGGUGUUGAAGAUGUAUGUGCAUAAGCUUAUUUUGUGACUGGGUCAUGGUCUUCUUUAUCAUACAACACCAGCUUUAUGGUCAUCUAAACUAGUAACAUGUACGUGCAUUGGAAUAGGUUUAAGAAUGGAUCUAUCUAUAUGCACACGCUAAUGGAUUGUUCUC